AUGAACGGACUUGCCAGGCUUCUGAAGCGCCCACGUUUCCGCUUCCAGGCGCUGGUCAGCUUUGAGGACGUGAUCGUCUACUUCUCCCAGGACGAAUGGCAGCUGCUGUCCGCGGGCCAGAAGGCGCUCUACUGGGAGACGCUGCAGGAGGCUUACAAGGCCCUUCUCCUCGUGGGGGGACGCCCAAUCACCUCGGCAGAAGUCUUCACCUGGGUUGAAAAAAACGAAUGUCUGAACAUCCCCAGACCCGUGAGACACCUGGAUGACCCUCCUCCUGGGAUUCUUCCUGCAAUAGAUGAAGAUCUUUCCCAAAUGGGCACCGAAAGCUUUCCUGAGCAGGCGGGCCCUCUGGAGGCCAUCCACGUCCUCUCUAAGGAAGAGAUCACCAGCUGUCGUAACGCAGAGGGGAGUCCUGAGCAUUCACGUGUCUUGGCAACUGGACAAGGAAGUCUGUUCGAUUCGGGAGGAGGCCCCUCGCAGGCAGAAUCGGCUGGGUGUGCUUCGGGUGACGUGGGCACAGAGGACGCCCCACUGCCAUGCCACCUGUGGGCUGAGCUUCCACAGAUACUUACGGCACCAGAAAAUUCGUCCAAGCAGGAGUUUUGUCCUCGCGGGGCGACGGUCCUACCCCAGCACGAUCGUGCCAUGCCUGUGGAACGCCGCCUGGAGGAAAUGCGGCUUGCGCAUGCCACCCGUGACGAGAAUUGCAAGGAUGCUCUCCAGCCGCCCUCUGCCCAAGCAGUUACGCGGUACACAGGGAGCGCGCGACACCUGCGGCUGCUGCCCCUGGAAGUCCCUGCCGAGGAGGAGAAGCUCCAUUCUUGUGCUUGGUGCAAACAGAAGUUCAAAUUGCAGAUGAAUCUGGAAGUGCAUUAUAGGUACUGUCGCCAGAGAGAACAGCUGCAGCCCAGGCCUGCCGGCAAUCCCUUGAAACCCCAGAAGGUUCCCGGCGGGCAGGGGCCGAGCGAGCCAGGCAGCACCAGACGCUCGGCGGGUCCUCCCCUUCCCCCACGAACGCCGGCCUGGUCCCCCUCCUCUGAUUGCGGCAGGGGGUUAUUCCUGCAAUUCAGACUCUGCCAGCCUCAGCGGAAACAGAAAGCGGGGAAACGCAGAGGCCUCUCGGACCCUGGCAGGGGCGCCACGGCCAGUCCCCGUGGCCCAGCAGUGGCAUCUGUGACCAAGAAGCUGUGCCGGUGUCAGGAAUGCGGGGAGAGGUUUGUGUACAAGUGGCAGCUCUGUGCCCACCUGCGAAGCCACGCAGAGAACAGGAGCUGCGGGAAAGAUGGGGGCAGCCUGAGCCCCCUCCCCAAACAGGCCCGGGACCAUGCUGCAGAAGAGGCCCGGGACCGUGCCAGAGGCCAAGAGGCCUGUGUCACAGCAGCCACGCUUCAGAAGACAGCUCAGGACAGGCCACUUUUCCCGUGCGGGGAAUGUGGCAAGAAUUUCACCAAGCACUACCUGCCCAUCCAUUGCGCGUUCCACGCGGGGCAGAGGUUCAAGUGCCUCUUGUGCGGGAAGGUCUUCAACUUCCGGAGUGGGGCUCUGCUGCACAAGAAGCGCCACCGAGAUCAGGCGGAUGACGCCACCUGCCCCGAGUGCGGGAAGAGAGCCGGAGCCAAAGACUGUCUCUGCAUGAUAAAAACAAUCAGCAUUGCUCUGAAGCCGGAUUGCAGGGAAGGAAGGAAGGAGUCGGGCUGAAGAACCCAGGGAGCGGUUUGCAAAAAAUGGAAAGAGAACCGCGUUCCUUUCUGGCAGUAUUUCUGAGUGGGGCUGGAAGCAGGGCGCUUAGGCGCUGCGAGCGAUCACUGCUACAAGUUGAAGCGAUACGGGAAACGGCCUUUCAAGAGCCACGCCUGUGGUUUUCUUUAUUGUUCGCUUCUCACUUGCCCUCCAGACACCAGCCAGCCUGGGAUAUGGUGCCCACCGGCACCAGCUUGCGGAUGGAUAACUCCCUCAGUGCCCGCCAGCUCUCUUGCUUCCUGCCUUCCCAGCUGGAUUGUUUCAUUAAGCUACAAGGAAUCGGGCAUGAUCCAAAGCACCACUGAUCUGCAGUUGUGUUCCAGAAGCCUCUGUAAGAAACCGAGAACGGGGCACGGCUGGUCCUUUGACCCCGUCUGCAGGGACACGUGGAGGAAAAAGGACGGUGUGGUGUGUAAGCCACACUGUGAGAAGCCAGAAAUGUGCACAUCAGGCCUCCUUUUUGUUGGCUUACGAUAACUGGUUGUGUUUGUGUGGCUUUGCUUGCUGAGACCAGCCAUUUUGUGAGGGUGCCCACAAUGCUUUUAAGACUCCAGAUGUGCACCCAAAGAAAGAUGGGGGCCCCAGGUUUAGCCCCCCCAGCAAUUAUUUCGAAGGCACCCCAACCCUGUUUCACAUGCGAAUGGGCCCCUGGGGGUGGCCAAUAAUGUCCAGAUGACAUCUGCAACCACACAAUAGAAGCCCAGCCCCCUUUUCACACACAAAAGGGGUGGGGCUUCAAUCAGGCAGCCGUGGGUGACAUCUUGACUUUUUUGCCCCACCCCCACCCAGAUACCUCUUUAUAUUCCCCAGGAAAAGCCUACAAUUUGAGGCCCUCACAAUUUUGUGCCUGACUUAGGCACAUAAUGUAUAAUAAUUGAUAAAAGAGACAUGGAAAAGGAUGUUUUAGAUCAGUUUCUCAAGUUACCAAACAGUUACUCAGGGCUGAUUCCAGAACAGUGUUCUCAGAUGUUGUUAAUUGUUAAAUAAAA